AUGCCACGUGACACACCAGUUCUACCUAGACGCUCACUAGAUGGCUUUAAAAAGAGGCGGUUAAACGUUGACUCGUCGCCCACUGGGGACUUUGCUUUGGCUGCGGAGCAACUCACAAAGGACGACUCAAUCCCGCUUCACGUUCGGACCAUACUGGCGGUUUUGUUGGACACCAGAGCUGAGUUGGAUGCUGUCAACAAGAGGAAUGCAGAGCUCUCCAGUGAAAUCGAAAAGAUGGCCCUCGAACUCAAAGCCCUGAGGGAUGAAAACGUGAGUCUCCGGAGGGCUCUUGAGGAUCAGAGGGGAAGAAUUGAGUCGGAUAAAAAGCUUGAGGUCCCACCUGAGAUCCCAACUACUAAUGGGCCUAGCAAUAAAACCUCGGAAUCUAUUUGUGAGAGCAUCGAACGUCGUAGAAAUAUUGGUGACCUUCUCUAUUUAAUCCAACGUAACUACGAUUUGGUUGUUUUAUCUGAAACCUGGCUCUCUGAAACGAUUUCUAGCGAAUCCCUUUUUGGUGAAUACUGUUCUCAAUUUGAUAUUAUUAGAUGCGACCGUGAGGGCAGACGAGGCGGGGGGGUCGCUAUCAUUGUCAAAAGCAUCUACGGUCCUUCCCUGAUUUUUAAGGAAUCAGUGUGUGACGCUUAUGAAUUGUUAGCAGUUGAUCUCGAUAUUGCGUAUACUACCCUUCGAGUUGUCGCAGUCUAUAAAGCGCCCUCAUGUUCGUCGACUGCCUUUACCCAGCUGCUAAAGGCAAUUACUGACCUGGUUGCACACAAUAUCUCGUCUCUUGUUCUUGGUGACUUUAAUAUCCCUGAGAUCACUUGGAGGGACAUCUGUACUGGCCCUCCCAUGGGGUUCAGUGAUCACUCCUCCAUCAGUUUCAGGCUUAGGCUAAGACCUAAACCUGACCUCCCCUCUAAGCUCAGAAGAGACUUCAGUAGCGCUAAUUUCGAUUCAAUACUGCAGUACUUAAGUGGCAUUGAUUGGUAUGGAUCGCUCAAUAGCGCCCGCUCUGUCAACGAUAAAUAUGAACUCUUUUUGACCAUUCUUCAUCACACUAUCGAAUUGUUCGUUCCACUUAAACCUGCAAAAAGUAAGGGCACCCUUCGCCUUCCGUCCUACUUAGAAAGGCUAAGUAAAAGGAAGAAUGAUGCCUGGAAUAUAGCUAUAGGUGGUGACGACGUUAAUGCUUGGGAUAACUACAGAAAGCUCAGGCGGCUUCUUGACAAAAAGCUUAAGAAGUUCUGGUCUCGUGUCGAGAGGAAAGUG